GCUGAGGCGGGACCGCGGCGGCGGCGGCGGCGGCCUCCAGAGCGGUAGUGGCUUCCAGUUGGCUUUAUUAGUUUUUCUCCGCCCCCUCCCGUCGGACGCUGUUGUGUGGUUACCUUAAAAAACCCAACUUUAUUGUUCCUCAGCCCCACCUCCUGGCGCGCGUCCUCAAAGGAUGCAUUGGAGCUGAGGGAGGUGGUGGCGGAGGGUCGCGGUCGCCGGCCCUCUCCUCCCAGCGCCCGCCCGGCCGGGAGGAGGGAGUCACGAUGUCCGGUAGCCGCCAGGCCGGGUCGGGCUCCGCCGGGACGAGCCCUGGCUCCUCGGCGGCCUCCUCGGUGACUUCCGCCUCCUCGUCCUUAUCCUCGUCCCCGUCGCCCCCUUCCGUGGCGGCGGCGGCUGCAGCGCUGGUGUCAGGCGGGGCGGCUCAGGCCGCGGGCUCCGGCGGCCUCGGGGGCCCCGGGCGGCCUGUGCUGGUGGCGGCCGCCGUGUCGGGCAGCAGCGGCGGGGCGGUGUCCGCGGGCCUGUCCCGGCUGAGCUGCGCGGCCAGGCCCAGCGGCGGCGUAGGAGGGAGCAGCUCCAACCUCGGCAGCGGCAGCAGGAAGCGCCCUCUGCUCGCCCCCCUCUGCAACGGUCUCAUCAACUCCUACGAGGACAAAAGCAACGAUUUCGUUUGCCCCAUCUGCUUUGAUAUGAUUGAGGAAGCAUACAUGACAAAAUGUGGCCACAGCUUUUGCUACAAGUGUAUUCAUCAGAGUUUGGAGGACAAUAAUAGAUGUCCCAAGUGUAACUAUGUUGUGGACAAUAUUGACCAUCUCUAUCCUAAUUUCUUGGUGAAUGAACUCAUUCUCAAACAAAAGCAAAGGUUUGAGGAAAAGAGGUUCAAAUUGGACCACUCAGUGAGUAGCACCAAUGGCCACAGGUGGCAAAUAUUUCAAGAUUUACUGGGAGCUGAUCAAGACAACCUCGAUUUGGCCAAUGUCAACCUCAUGUUGGAGUUACUAGUGCAGAAGAAGAAGCAGCUGGAAGCAGAAUCACAUGCGGCUCAACUACAGAUCCUUAUGGAAUUCCUCAAAGUUGCAAGAAGAAAUAAGAGAGAGCAACUGGAACAGAUCCAGAAGGAACUAAGUGUUUUGGAAGAGGAUAUUAAAAGAGUGGAAGAAAUGAGCGGCCUGUACUCUCCUGUGAGUGAAGAUAGCACAGUGCCUCAGUUUGAAGCUCCUUCUCCAUCACACAGUAGUAUUAUUGAUUCCACAGAAUACAGCCAACCUCCAGGUUUCAGUGGCAGUUCUCAGACAAAGAAACAGCCAUGGUAUAACAGCACAUUAGCAUCAAGACGAAAAAGACUCACUGCUCAUUUUGAAGACCUAGAACAAUGUUAUUUUUCUACACGGAUGUCUCGUAUCUCAGAUGAUGCUCGAACUGCAAGUCAGUUGGAUGAGUUUCAGGAAUGCUUGUCCAAAUUUACUCGCUAUAAUUCAGUACGACCUUUGGCCACCUUGUCAUAUGCUAGUGAUCUUUAUAAUGGCUCGAGCAUAGUCUCUAGUAUUGAAUUUGAUCGUGAUUGUGACUAUUUUGCAAUUGCUGGGGUUACAAAGAAGAUUAAAGUCUAUGAAUAUGGCACAGUCAUCCAGGAUGCAGUGGAUAUUCAUUACCCUGAGAAUGAAAUGACCUGCAAUUCCAAAAUCAGCUGUAUCAGUUGGAGUAGUUACCAUAAGAACCUAUUAGCUAGCAGUGAUUAUGAAGGCACUGUUAUCCUAUGGGAUGGAUUCACAGGACAGAGGUCAAAGGUCUACCAGGAACAUGAGAAGAGGUGUUGGAGUGUUGACUUUAAUUUGAUGGAUCCCAAACUUUUGGCUUCAGGUUCUGAUGAUGCAAAAGUGAAGCUGUGGUCUACCAACCUAGACAAUUCAGUGGCAAGCAUUGAAGCAAAGGCUAAUGUAUGCUGUGUUAAGUUCAGCCCCUCUUCCAGAUACCAUUUGGCUUUUGGCUGUGCAGAUCACUGUGUCCACUACUACGAUCUUCGUAACACUAAACAGCCAAUCAUGGUAUUCAAGGGACACCGAAAAGCAGUGUCUUAUGCAAAGUUUGUGAGUGGUGAGGAAAUUGUCUCUGCCUCAACAGACAGCCAGCUAAAACUGUGGAAUGUGGGAAAGCCAUACUGUCUACGUUCUUUUAAGGGUCAUAUCAAUGAAAAAAACUUUGUAGGCCUUGCUUCCAAUGGAGAUUAUAUAGCUUGUGGAAGUGAGAACAACUCCCUCUACCUGUAUUACAAAGGACUUUCUAAGACUUUGUUAACUUUUAAGUUUGAUACAGUCAAAAGUGUUCUGGAUAAAGACCGAAAAGAAGAUGAUACAAAUGAAUUUGUCAGUGCUGUGUGCUGGAGGGCACUACCAGAUGGGCUGGAUGGUUUAUAACACUUUAGAAAAUUUUCCUGACUUGGAAGAGGGCCAGUCUGAAAGAAACCUUAUCUGUCUUGGGAAUGGAAGGAAAGAAGAUUCUGGGAGCGGACCUGACUUCCAGGAAGACCAUGGCUCCCAUCUCGUCCUCAGAGCCUCUCUUCCCUAGUGUGGAGAUAGAGAAGGCCAUGGGAUAACAAAAGAGAGAUGAGUGGGUGUGGGAAACUGAGGCAACUCUAUUAGUUCUCUUUUUUCCUCUAAGUACUUUACAUGAAGUAUAAAUUUUCCUCCUCUUAGAUUCCACUACUAUGUGGGCAGCCUUUGGGAAACCAUUUGUUGUAUAAGACAUUUGAAUGUUACAGUGAACUCCAGAAAAUAUGAUUUGUGAAACCUGCUACUUGAAAUCUUAAAUAUUUCAUUGUCAUAUUUACUGUAAGAGAAUUUGGUAUCUAAGUGGUUCUUAUAAGUGGUUUUUCGAACCUCUUUAAAAAUAGUGUUUGUUGUAUGAAUGUCAAUUUUGAAGCAUAAAUUGACACACGUUUAAGCUAUCUACCUGCUUUUUUGUUUUCAGUUCUGCUUUUUGAGGAAAAUAAACAUUAAUUUGGGAGUAUAUUCUGAAUUAUGUCAUUAAUCUAUAAAUAGUCUGCUUUAUUACAUGCUUAAAAAUGUCCAGAAUAUUUUGAAGUAGGAAGGGAUGGUUUCUGUGUCUUUUGAUAGUUUCUACCAAAUUUCCAUAACAGUAUUGAAAGGAAGGAAAGUGAAUAUUGGAUAUUAUUUCCUUUUGCUUAAAAGCGCCUAGCAAAUGUACUUGAAUUGGUUGAAUGCUAAAGUGCACAUAAUGGAAAAACAUGAUUUUUUUCCUAACUGAACAAAAAUGUAUAAUAAAUAAAGUGGAAUUAGUAAAGCAUAAAUCUUUUCACUUGCAGAGUGAAUGACAGCUUAAGGAGAAAAUUGGUUUUGGCUAAUUCAAACACAUGUAUUUGGUCUUUUAUAUAGUCUCACAUUCUUUGUUCUCAUGACCCUGUGCUGUACUGAUAUGACAUCAAAAUGUGAAGUUUUAAAGAGUGAAUAGAUCCAUAGAAAGAUGAUUUCCCUCACUCCCUUUACUGGUGUAUUUCUAAUGAUGAAGGUCAAUUUUUUUUUCAUCUGGUGAUAUCAAUAUUUGCACUUCAUUUAUGUAGUUUUAUUAUAUUUAUUAUUUAAAUUGUGUAUUAGAGUCAAAACAAAUCAAAAUAACAAAUUUCCUUCUCAGCUUAUGUAUGUUGUGUUGUGUUGUGUUGUGUUGUGUUGUGUGGUGUUACUCAGUAACUGAAAGCAGAAGCUGUUCUACAGAGGAACCCUCUAAAUGCAAUUACAUUGUUCAGGAGAUUCUUUAUCCAUCAUUUGUGCUUGAGGAUGUUACAUUUUCCCACAUUAUGGAGACCUUUCAGAAAGAGAAGAAUAGGAAAGAUUGAUUUGUAGUUUUACUAGUUGAACAAAACUAAAAUUGAUACUGGGAUAUUUGUGCUCCCAGUCUUUUUGGUACUGGGGAUCAAACUCAUGACCUCGUGCUUGCCAGGCAGGUGCUUAUGCCGCUGAGCUAGAUCCCUGGCUCUGUGCUCCCAAUCUUUUGCCAAGAAUUUAAAGAAUAGUCUUACAGAAUAGAUGUAGUUUCUGUGUCUAGCUUUUUACAUCUAACUGUAGCAUAUUUUUACUCUAUGUUAUAAUGUCAGUCACAGACAUUUAGAUAUACACAGGGUUCUUCAACUUAUGAUGGUUUAACUUGCAAUUCUGUAACUUUACAAUCCUGUAAUAGGUUAUGUCCAUUCAGUAAAGCCGUACUUCAAAGUCUCUUUGUCUUUUUUUUUUUUUUUUUCUUUUCCUGGACAAGUAGUAUAUAAUAUAAUACUUUUUGUGGUAUUGAACAGUGGCAGAGAGCAACAGCUCAGUCAGCCAUGCCGUCACAAAGGUGAUCAGCCUGCACUCUACAGUGUACUGUAUUGUAAACUGUGAUGUUAAGUCUGGUAUGGAUAAUAAAUGUGUUUUCAGUUGAUGCCAUAAAGUUGAGGAGUACAUUUGUUAUUAGUCAUUUAGCCUGCUUCUGAUUUUUCUAAGUUUCAAAAACUAUUGCUUUUUCCUUUUUAUCUUACAAUGUAAUACUGUAAAAUAAAAUUCUAAGGUACAUGGAGAUGAGAGAGAGCUAGAUCAAAGGUUCCAAAAUGGUUUCUUGAGCUCUUGAUACAUACUGUUUUGAUUUACAAAAAAUAAAAAAUGAACUUCCUUUUUCUGCUAACUGUGCUGACUGUAGAAGAGUAAGGAGAAAAGGUGAAAUAAAGAGAUAGAAUCUAUAUGUAUCGAUUUAUAUUUGCAUGUAGUUUGUAUUUUGGGAUCAGAUCUCUGGAUAUAGCCCCAGUUCUUUCAUUCUCUGUGAAUCUUUUGGAAAACGUCUUACCCUCUUUGAAUUUAUUUUCUUGUUUCUAAAGGAAUGUAUUAGUAAAUACCUCAGAGAGUUAUUAGGAAGUAAUUGAGAUCAUGCAUGUCAAAAGAUGUACAUAGUGAGUUUUCAUUAAAUGGUUGUUCCUGCUGGUAAUCAGUUGAUGUGUAAGAACUGGGAAAUUAAUGUUUUAGUAUCCAUCCUGUUCUCAUCCUUCUUAGGAUUUCAAGUUAUUCAGUGUGCAGAGACUUAAGAAUGUGAAAAAAAGUACAUUGUGAGCCUGCUUAAAUGUGAAUAGCCUGGUGAGAGUGAAAGCUGGAAAUAGAUUACAGAGAGACAUUUUAAAAAUCAUUCUUGACCUUGCUGGAACCUUAUCUGUGCAAUUCUGAAGACCUCUAAGUAGAAAAACUCACAUGAAGUUUAAAUUUGUGAUUUUUAAAUUUUUUUUUAUUUUAAAGAGAAUAAAACAAAAAAUGGAACAAAGCAAAUCAGAACAAAACAAUGUUAGCAACACAGAACUUCAAAGCAAGGUAACAGGAUAUCAACAGUGGCUACCAUAAUGUCUCUUGUUUUCUUUGAAAUAGUUGACCAUACCUUCACACAUAACAAUAUCAGACAUAACAAAAUAGUAUAAAACUAGUCAAAAGUAUGAAAGCAUUAUAGGACUUUAAAACCAGAUAACAGCAAAUGAACAAUAGAAUGCUAUCAAAAUUGCAUAGGAAAGACUGCAGAAGGUUGGGCCUGCUUCCAGAGUUUUACUUUGAAUUUCAGUCUUAAAAAUUGAAAUGCUUCAGGUUAAAUUGACAGGAUCUACUGAAAAACCGGAAUGACCACUCAAGGUUUAUAGUAAUUAAUAGCUUUUUUGAUUUAUAAUCUUAACAUGUCUGGUUCUCAUCUGCCUUUUCUCAUGCAUGCUAGAUUUUUGGUGCCCAGUGGCCACCUGUAAGCCCAGUUAUGGUUACAGUAAGACUAUACUGAUGAUACUUAGGUCGACUAACAAUGAGACCUUGUUUUUCCUCACACAUAACAAAUUCCCCAAAAUGUUGACUGUCUGAGAAACUCUGGGCUACAUUACUUCACCUUAUUGUAGUGCCUCAUCCCUCCAACUAUAGAACAUUCCUUAACCGAAGGAAAGAUUUCCUGUAUUAGAGUGGCAUUGUCACCUCAGAAUAAGAAUUUUGAUUGUUGAUGCAAAAGGCUUCCUAAAGGAAAUGUUUGAAGAGAAAUUGAAUUUUCUUUGACUAAUUCCAGAAAUUCUUAUUAAGCAAAUUGCAAUAGCUUCUGUGGGCUGCAGCUCUAACAUAGAACUAUUUUACAAGUAACAGUGAAAAAAAAUGUAAUUCAUUUGUAUUAGGACAGUGUUUUGAACCUCUUUCCUUCUCAUAGUCUUUGCUGUUUCACUCUAAUGUUUGUGCUGCUGCUUUAUUUCAUGCCUUAACUUUAGUAGCUUUACAGUGUCAGCAAGAUUCAGAUAGAUACUGUACUUGAAUUUCUAGUGUAUCUUAACUGUAUCUUAUGUUCCUCUAAUGAACUUCUGUUCUAAUCAAUUAAUAGUACAAACAAUUAUAUGAUAGAAAAAUAAGACAGUGGGUUUUAUCUUUUCUAACGUUGCUCUAAAGUUUUGAUUGGGCAACUUAACCUAUGUGUCAAAAGCACUAAUGCUGAACAUUCAGGUGUCCAGACUACAUAACUAGUCUUUAAAUAUUUGCGUAAGUUAACCCCUUUCCCCUUUCUCUGUUAAUAAUUCCAGUACUAAAAUGGACAGGAUGAGUGUUUUUACACUUGUGAUUCAUAUUAAAUCAGUAAAUGUGACUGACUAGUUUUCCAGAUCCAAACCAGUCAUUUGUUUAUUAAAAUAAUAGCAGUUACCUCAUUAUGGUCGUCUGGGGUUUUGUAAUUUGCCUAGUAAAGUUUUAUUUUGGGAUUUGUGGAAGAACGUUUAAAGCUUUUAUUUAUUUAGAGGAUAAGGUGUUAGUGAUUAAAAAGUAGUGUCGCAAAUUCUUUUUAUAAUCUGGCAUAUUAACCUGAUAGGGUUAUAAGUAAAGACAUACAGUAUCAAUCUGAGAAUUGUAAGUGUUAGUUUUCUGCUCUUCCUUUUAUUUAAAGAAAAAAGAAAAUGGCAAAACAGAAAAAAAGGUAGAAAAUAAUACAGAAUUUCAAAAAAAUUAACACUAAGAAAUCACUAGUUGAUAAAUUACAUAUUAUCCUCUUAGAAAUAAAUGUUCAAGUUACAAAAUCAAAGCAUAAAAAGUGGAUAGACACUCAAACACUGACAGUGCAAACCAUUCUGUUCAAUGAUUCAAUGAAAACUUAGUAAUAUGACCAUCUGUCUUACACACUUUUUUUUUUUUUUUUUUUGGUCUUUUUCGUUUUUAUCGGUACCAGGGAUCGAACUCACGACUGCCUGCUUUCAAGGCAGGCACUUAUGCCACUGAGCUAAACCCCCAGCCCCCUGUCUUACACACUUAAACAUACAUACAGUUAUAUCCUUUAGAGUACUUCCCUUGUCUUUCAUUUUUACAAUAUCUAUUAUACAUUUUGGAUCUUAUUACUCUUUCAGUUUUUUUUGUUCUUUUAUUUAUUCAUUUUUAUUUUUUGAGACAGGGUUUUGCUGUGUAAUUCACACUGGAUUUAAACUCACUAUGUAGCCCUGGCUGGUCUUGAACUCUUGGUGGUCCUCCUGUCUCAGCCUACCAAGUGCUAGGAUUAGUGUGUAUACCAGGCCCAAUCAUUUUAUAAUUUAAAAAUAAAAGCAAGAGACUCUAAUCUUAAGCAAAUCACUUUGCUUCUCUAGAUGUACUGCUGUACAGGGUUGUUGUAAAUUCAAAUAAGGUUUUUGGCUGCAAAUAUUUAAUAUGUCUGAUCAUAUUCAUGAAAGCUACAUCUAUCAUAUUGAGGACAGACCUAUAGUAGUGAAGAAUUUCACAUUCAUCUUUUAAUAUAUUCUUAAGAGAAAACAACUUCAUAAAAAUUUGUAUUAUUCAGACGUGGUAGCAACACAUCUGUGAUCACAGCACUUGGGAUCACCCUAAGUUCAAGGCCAGCCUAGGCUACAUAGUGAGGUCAGGGUCAACGGAGUUACAUAGCAAGACUCUUGUCUCAAAAAACAAAAAAUGAAACAAAACAAAAUUGUUUUUAUCCACAUAUCUCACAAAUAAAAAGCAAGAAUGGCUAAGCAAAACUAUAAGUCAUCUUUUUUUUCCAACUAAGCAUGUUAAAUCUGUUUAUGAGAAAAUGUCUUGAAUUGGGCAUAGGUAUCUCACUUAGCUAUAUUUUAAAAUGCUUUAUAGGAUUAUGCUGAAUUACUAAUUUUUGCCUUUGAAUAAAUGCAGAACAAAUCUAACUUUUGACAUGGGCUUUGUAGAAAGAAACCUUAGAGUAAAAUAUCUAUAAUUAGAAUAGUGUUAAUCAUAAGAUCUGUUUUGUCUGAUAGUAAAACAGCUAUUUUGCCUUUUAAUGAUUAUUACGUAUGUAUUGUCUGCCUUUUAAUUUCAGCCUGUUUAUGUCUUUGAUUAUAAAAUAUAUCUCUGAGAUACAAUGUAAAAUUCAGAAAAUUUGGUCCAGUAUUACUACUUUCCUUCUGCCUAUUCUGGCUGCUAUUAUAUGUGACAUCCAUGAAAAAAAAAAAAUACUCAUUGAUUUUCUCCGUAUAGUAUUGAAAUACCCAACUAUAAUUGCAACUCUUCUGUUUCUCCUUUGAAAUCUGUCAGUUCUCGCUUUUUGAAUUUUCAGUACUCUAUUUUUAUAGAUAUGUAUAAUUAAGAUUGUCUUAUCAUCCCAGCGAAAUAACUUCUUUAUAAGAGAUUACUGUUUCUUCUUAUCUUUGAUGAUAUUCCUUGAUAUGAAGUAUAUCUUUUCCAUAAUCAAUAUAUCUAGUAGCAUCUUCCUUUUGGUUAGUAAUCACAUAUGUUUUUCUCUAUGUGCUUAUAUUUAGCUUUAUAAUGCGGGGCUAGGGAUUUAGCUCAGUGGCAUAAGCACCUGCCUUGCAAGCAUGUGGUCGUGACUUCAAUCCCCGGUACCAAUAAAAAAAAUUUUUUUAAAGUCUCUUAAAAUGAGUGUCUUAUAGACUGUGGAUCACUACUAGGUCUAGCUCUUUUAACUAAUCUGAAAAUCUCUUCCUUUUAAAUAGUGUAUCAUUAUUGAUAUUUUGGAUUAAACUCUCCUUCAUACUUUAACCAAUUUUUUUCUAUUUUUUGGUUAUCUAGAUUAAAAUGGACAUUCAUUAUGAUUAUUAACAAUAAUUUGUAUUAAUUUAUUAUUUAUCUUUAAAUUUUUUAGUGAUUAUCUUGAGGUUUACAGUAUGCUUUUUGGUAUAAUGUAAAUCUGUCUUUAAAUAUUAUAUUGCUUUAUGCCCAAUGUGGUGGCUCAUGCCUAUAAUCCUGGCACUCAGGAGUCUGAGACCAGAGGAUCGCUGCAAUAUGGAGGCUAGCCUAGGCUACAAAGUGAGUUCAAGGCCAGCCUGAACUACAUAGUGACACCUUGUCUCAAAAAGACCAAAAAAAAAAAAAAAAAGAAAGAAAGAAAAGUAUUAUAUUGCUUCAAGGAUAGUGUAAUAACCUUAUUACACUAUUUUCUAAUUCCUUUAUGCUGUCCUUUGUACUAUUGUUGUCAUGUAUUUUGCUUUUGCAUGUGCUAUAACACAGAUGUUGCUUAUUUUGCUUUAAAUAUUAAUCUUUUAGAGCAAUUAAAAAUAAAAAUGUUAUUUUAUCUCCACUUUUAUUUCUAGUAUUCAUAUGUGUAAACUGAUUUUUUUUAUCUCAUAUAGCACACUCCUGCUUAUAAAUACCUUUGUUUUUCAUUUUUAGAGUAGAUUCACUAAGAGUGAGUUACCUAUUUUAGGUUUUUCUAAGAAAAAUCUUUACUUCUCUGUUUUUGAAAGCUAUUUUUGUGGUGUUUUGUUUCCUGUGUUUUAAAGUGGUUGCACUAUCUUCUUACUGCUUGCAUGAUUUCUCCUGAGGCAUCUGCUGUGCUGUAAUUUCUGUUCUUAUUCCUCUGUACCUAAUGCAUACUCCCUCCACCUUUUCCUCCUGCUGCUUCUUUUAAAGACUUUCCUUUGUCUUUGGUCUUUAGCAGCUUCUAAAUGAUAUGCUGAGGUGUGGAGGUUUUAUUUUAUUUUAUUUUCUGGUACUGGGAAUUGAACCCAGGGCAUCCACACUGAUCUACAUUUUUAUUUUUUUAUUUUUGAGACAGCAGAAAAUUGUAGUAGAAAACUACUGUUCAAUAGUAGAUCAGAUUUCAAAUUUAGUAGUCAUUAAUUAGAAAGUCAUCAUUUAUAGUAACAGUAAUUACAAAUGUGAGUUUAAUGCCAUCCCUCUCCUGUCCAUUACUCUUACAUUGUGUUUGUGGUUAGUCCUCAUAUCUAAAAUAUUAUUUACAUUUGAGAUUUUUCAGCACUCUGACAUAUUGCUACUUGUCCAACCUCAUUUCUGUUUUCUAUCACAGACCACCUUAUUCCAUUAAGAAAACUGUUCCAUUCUUCCAUUCAAUUCCUGCUUCUAAACUUGUAUUUGUGUUGUAUUUGAAAUACAGAAAUCCCUAUUGCCUUGUUCUCUUACUUGUGCUUAUAUAAAUUGUCAUCUUUGCUCCACCCAACUCCUAUUGUUUUCUUUUGUCCCACCUCUAAAUAUUAUUUCCUUAGUUUAUGGUUUCUCUCCAUUACUGAUAUAGCUGCAUAAUUUGCUUUACUGGCUCCAUUUCAGUGUUCUUCUCUUGUUUGUUGUACUUCAAUAGUGUUACCUCAUUGCCUUGCUUCCAUUUGAGAGUAAAAUUACAUAUGCCAACAGUUACCACUUUAAGAACUACUUAGUUUUCGAGAGACAGAAUAGAUAAAAUUUAAGUCUACUUAAUGCGGAGCUCCCAUUUUAUGUUUCUAAUCACUUCCAUAAGUUCAUAAAUAUGCUGACCAGAAUAGCACUAGAUUAAUACGACUAAUAAUACAAUACUGCUUGAGAUAAAGACAUUUAGGUUAGAGGAUACUUAGUAAGAACAACUAUUAUUGAUUUUUUGUGUCUGUAAUUUGCCAGUAACUUUUUAAUAAAGAUGCAGUAGGGAAGAUUAGAUAUCUCUUCUUAUCCAUUGUGGCAAAAACCUAUAUAACAAGAUUAAUAAGAGAAAAACCUACAAAUUUAUUCAAUAGAAGUUUCAUAUAGCAUAGAGAAGGCUUCAAAAUGAAGGCCUAAAGAAACAGGUAAAUUUGGAUAUUUUUGUGCUUAGAGUUGUUGAAGAUGUGAACAAGCAUAGAGAGGUAUAAAGACCAAAGGAGGUAAAGUGACCAUAAUAAGCGUAUGUUCAAAUUUUUCUCUGUGUCCCUGUUUUCAGAAACAUGGAAAUUCCUUCUCAGUGGACAUGGUUAGGCAUUUGGAACAAAGGGCUUCUGACCUGCUUCAGAGGAAAGUCAGAGGGUACUUUUAUGAUCUGUUUCAGAGACUAGGAGAAAAUCAGAGAGAACUUCCUGCUUUUGCUAUUUCUUCAGAUGCCAGUGUACUUUAUUUUAACCUCACCAGUGCUUCACUGUAUUUUCUUGGAAUUUUUAUAAAGAGUUUAUCAAAUACUUAGGUUAUCUAUUUUGUAGUUAAGAAAUUGUCUAAAAGCAAUUCUGUAGUAGAACCAAAAUACAGAUUCAAGUCCCUAAAUUUCAUUGUUUUCCUACUGUGUUGCAUGACAUCCCUAAAAAAGCAAAAAAAAAAAAAAACAAAACCCGACAGUUUUAGAAACCCAACUUGUCUGGAAGAAAUUUGCAAAUAACACUCUUGGAAAUGCUCAGAAGCUCUUCCCAAUAUUCAUUAAUAGCACAGAAUCUUUUUGCCUGUCUCAUAUGUUCUUAUAAGCACAUUGUUCUCUACCUCUGUUCAGUUUAUCAUCCCAGGACAUGUGAAGAAAGUUGAAGGUAAUAAGAGAUAAUAUUUGAAUGGUGUGUUGCAGGGAUAAUUCAGUCAAUUAGGAUCUCUGUGAGAAGACUGUGGAACACAAAAGAUUAAAUAUGAAAGUUGUCUUAAUUACAAAGUACACCAAAAAUGGAAGCUGCGGAAACCAACCAUGUAGACAAAUGAAAAAUUGCCUUUUGUCUACAGAUUGCAGCGAUCCUACAUAAACAUGGAGGUCUCUGUCUGACUUAGGACAGCCUGGCUAAGUCUGAUCGUUCCCCUCCAUACAACUUCUAAAACUGUCACUCUAAGUACUAUGUUCUUUGCCAUUUUUAUUAUGUCUGCUCCUUAUAAAGGAUUGCUUAAAACAAUGAACAAUCAAAUGAAGUUACUUCUAUAUCCAUUUUCUCUUUUUGAGGUAUUUUUGGGUUUUUAAGGACAGGUUACUACGGUGAUAACCUUGAUUCUCAAAGUUAAAUCUUUCCACGAUUCUGAUCACAUACUGACUUGGGCAAGAAACAAAUCAAAUUUCCCCAUAAGAUCAACAUUGAAGCUAGAUAUUGAGUUUAAUUGGGUUCUUGUUCAGUUUGGUUUGUGACCAGCACUGUGGAAAGAUUUAAGUUUGUGAACCAAGGUACCACUAUAUUACUCGAUUGCUUUAAGGAACGUAGGGUCAGAAAGUAAAAUACAGAAAUACUAAUUUUGCUAAGGGACCACAUCAGUGUAACUACUCCAGAGUUAGUGGGAAAGGUCAAUCAAUAUUUAAGAUACAAAAGAGCUAAUCAGGGGUAGUAUCCAUGAAUUAUGUUCAUUAAAAAUUAGUAGUGUAAGAUGGUGAUUUUUUUCCCAAAACACAAUUUAUGUAAUCUUUUAUCUGUAACCAAAGUUCACAAAUGACCAUUUUCAAGAAAAGUUUCUAAGUGUUUACUUCAUAGGACUAAAUUUGAAAUUUUGGUUUUUCAGAGUAUGUAUACUAUUGUAAGUUGAGAAUAGGGGAAGGUGAAGAGACUGUAAGUAAGUGGCAUUUCUAAUGCACUGGGCUGGAUAUACAGCAGUAAGAUACGCUGUAAGCAAGUCCCAGCUGGCUUUAUCUAUAGCUAACUGUGUAAAGAUCUUGAUUGUGAUUCUGAAAUUCCCAUAUUUCUUACCUGAGUAGUUUUUGCUUCAAAUGAUUAUUGAGUAUCCUUGUUUUUCUAGGCCCUUUAUAAAUUCCUAGUCUACUCCAUUCAUUUUAGUAAGCCACUUUGAGAUUUUCUAUGCAUUGUGUAUUUUUCUCCUAGUACUGAAUUCGAAGUUUUGUUUUAUCUUUACAAAAGUGUAAAAACUGAAGGUCCCUCACUAAAAUAACCUCUGAUAACAAAUGAGAAAUGUAAACACUAUAUGAUUAUAAUUCAAGAGAAAAAUAUGACCAAAACUCUCAAUUUAUGUUUACAGAUAUAUAUGAAGAAUUAUCUUCACAGCUGUCACUUUCUAGACUGUCUCAAAGCCAAAAAUUUUAAGUAUUUUUCCUUAGUUUUUUAGUUUUGUGCUGCCCCAUUUUGAAUCUCCUCAAUCACAUGCCCUUCAGUUCAUUCUCACAUAUAACUAGAUGUGUAACUAGAUCUCUCUACACUUUCCUGCAAGAUCUUAUUUGCCCCUCUAUCUCCACAAACUCCUCUAAAGUCUAGUGAAAAGAAUGUACUCAAACCAGAUGUAUGAGUACAAAAUCCAUUUGGUUCUUACGAAUAACAAGUCAAGCUAAUAAUGUCAGUCAGAGACUUUCUUGAAAGUAAAAGCAGGUGAAUAUUUUGUAUACUAUCAGUGCUACUGACUACACAACCUACUUUGCUAUCCGAUUUUGUGGGGUUUUCCUUUCACUCACUUUCUCCCUCACAACAUUAACUUCAAACCUCAUAAUAAUAUACAAUGGCUGUUUACUAUAUCUCUACUGUUAUACUUAAAGAUCGAGUGGAACUCUAUACUUUUAUGGCCAAGGAAUUACAUAAAUCAGAUACAAUAAGAUGGAAUUAGUGUAGCUCAUCUCAUACGUUCACAGGAGAUUGGCUCAUGAGGGUGCUAUGCUCACCAGUGGGUUGAUCUGUUAACAGGUUCAUGGCUGAAAGUUCUGUUAAGAGAUGGGGCCUGAUUGGCAGUGGGUCACGGGGCCAUCACCUGGAUGAAUGUGUUCCUGUCCCUAGCUCCUCUCUUCGUUUAAUCCCUUGCUACCAGGAGAUGAACAGUUUUCCUCCGUCGUGCCCUUCUACCAUGCUAUUUCUGCCUUGGGACCAACUCAUUAUGGAGUAAAACAAACUUCUCCUUUACUUGACUUAUCUUGGGUAUUUUGUCCCAGCAGUGAGAAAGCUAAUUAAUAGAAUAGCUAUACCAAUUGUUUUAAUAGAUUGGCACUUGUGCAGGUUAAAAAAUUUUGGCAUCCAUCCCUAAUAACAGUUGUAUUAUACCUGUUCUAAUUGUAAACAUCAAACUUGAAUAUCAAGUGAAAAGAUUAGUUAACAGGAAACACAGUAGAAGGCAAGGAGAAAAUGUGCUACAACCUUGGGAUUAUGGUAGAGGUAGAUUCCUGGCUAAUGUAGAUCUUCUUCCCUUUUGAGUAUGGCUUUGUUUGCACACACAUGCAGUGUUUUAAAAUGCUAUGAGUUUUGUCUAUGUUAUAAAUUAUAAAUUUUGAAUCAGUAUCUGAAGUAUUAAGUUAGACUUUCAAAAUAGUAAAACACAGUAGAACAAGCCCUAUAAGAAAACUGUCCUCACUAGACCAACCUUUGUAUAUAUUUAUGCUCAUUUUUUCCAGAGGGAGCUGUUCGAUGGUGCUGAUUUUCAUAUUUUUUUUGGCAGAGACAGAUUCCAGAAUUUAGAGGACAGGUGUUUUGUGUUUAUAUUUAUGAUCAUGUUAUGCUCUUUUUUUUACCUUUACAUUUAAAUCUCAAAUACAUUCAUUUCUGCUGUCUAGUUAGUUACUACUAUUUUUAAAUCUGACAAAGUGUAGGAAAUAUCCAAUACUUUGGAUAGCAUAUUUGCCAUAAAAUAUCUGGCUCACCUUAUCUUAGAGCAGUAAGAAAUUUUUUCAUAUGAAAUAUUUUCGUUGUUCAUUCAGAAAGAUCUUUACUAUAAAGCUUUAAAAUUUUGGAUUUGAAGAUAUAAUAAGCCAUCAAGCUUAAAAGCUAUUUUGAUUUGAUAAGUAGUGUGAAUAAUUUCCUCCUAUUAGAUUUGCUUCAAGACCAGAUAUUUAUCAGAACAAAUAAAAAGAGUUGUAAUAAAAAGUGAUACUUUAUUAAAACAAGGGUCCAUCCUAUCAAAAAGUGUAGCUGUACUACUUUAUUCAUUAUUAUUUUCAUGGUUGAAUAUUAAAAGGGCUUCAUAUCAUCCUAAGUAAGGUUGUCAUUCUUAGCAAGGAUAUCUAAUUGGAUCUGAAAAGGAAAAUUUAAUGGGAUGAUCUUGAAAGUGUUCCCUUGUGAUGAAAUCCAAUCUCCUGGUUUUCAGAUUAGGAUUAGGAGGUGAGAUAGGGUAUUUGACCUAUCAGAGCCCUGUAUACUGACUGUGGACCUUUCCUACAUUUCCUGGUUCUGUGGCCAAGCCCUUUCCACUAGUGAUAUUACUUGAAAUCAUACAGUGAGAUAUAUAAAAGGUCUAACUUUGCAUAUAGUAAGUCUUUUUGAAGUUUAGGUAUAUGAGAUUUAAAAUGCAUUACUAUAUAGUAUAGGAAAGCUCAGGCUCUCCAUAUAUAUUACCUAAGACUGCUUUCUCCUGCCAUUCUGACUUUGUAAAUUCAGGAUGAAGCUCUUAGGAAUGUGACAAACUCACUGAAUCAGUGAUACCAAGCAACAUUAAUAAUUACCAAUCUUCGCAAGUUGAUUUCUGGCUCUGCUAUUCUUUAGCUGUUUAAUUUCUAUUUAUAAAUCAAAAUAAAUUACUAAGUCUCCCUAAGACCAUAUUUUCUCUUUGCAGAUAGUAUCUCUCAUUGGAUAGCCGUGCAUUUUAAAUGAAGCAAUCCAUAUACAGUUUUGCAAAGUAACUGGCCCGUGGUGCUCAAUAAAUUAAGUAAUAAUGAUAGAUUUUUCUGUACACUUACAGAAAGUAGUAAAAUGAGUCAGUUUAUUACCUAUAUUGUAAACACAAUUUAGACAACUGAUUCGAUACUUUACAGACUGGAGGUAUAGGGCAAGCUUUAGCCUUUUAGUUUAAGGAACAGGAACCCCUACUGAUAGUUUGUGAUUUUGUGUUUAUUGUUUCUUAGAUAUAUUUACAUGUAUUUUUACCCAGUUCUGAAAAACUAGAUACUGGAAAAAAGGUCAGGGACAAAAAAAAACUAUUGAGUUUACAAAUGGUAUUUAUUCAAAACCUGUUGAAGAUUCUUCUUGGAAGCUUUGCUUUACCUUUAUAAGCUGUUGCAUGCUGUCCAUGUAAGCAUAGAUUUAUGUCUGUAUUAAGGUAAAUAAACACUGUUCUCUGAGGGAAAAUCUCUUAAUCCAAUUCAGAUACAAGUAAAACAUUUAACUUGGAUAUUCAAAAACCAUAGAAACUCAAAUCUUUUUAAAAAAAUCUUUUUAAGGAAAGAAUAACCGCAGGUCAAGAAAUAGACUUACUCAACAGGAUAGAGCAUCACAAUAUCAGAACAUUCUUUGUCUCGUUUGUAUUUGAAUCAGCAUGCCAUGAGGUACAUAAAGGCGUUAGGAUGGACUGAAGGAAAUAGAGAGGAAUGAUGAAAUUGGACAAUUGAAUGGUAUUGCUUAAAGCAUUGAUUGAAAAAAAUUCAGAGAGUUCCUGCAUAUUAUACCUGCCUCAAGAAAAAAAGGCCUAUUCAUAAGACAGCUGUGGACCAUGCAUAAAAAGAAUUGAAAGGGCAGAUUGACUUGAAAGUAUUUGAUGGUUCCAGUAUCCUAAAUGGAUAUUGAUUUGGCUGAACACAGAGUCUGUGAACUUCUACAUGGGAAGAGAAGCCAAUUUAAAUUUUAGGAUGUACAAAUACUAACAUACUUCUACCUUAACCCACCUUACACAAAGAAAAAAAAAAAAAUGAGAGACAAAAGCCCAUACUUUUGUUUAUAAUCUUACAAUGAAAAGAACUUAAGACAGGUAUGGUCUUUUAUUUUCAGUGACCAAAUCAUCACUUUCUCUUUGGCAAUGAAAAAACAAGACAUUUGUGUUCAGAAAGAGAACUCGAAAUAAAUCAAGAUGUAGAAAAUAUUACAGAAUUAAUAGAUAUAACGUAAAUUUAAUUCUUAUUAUUUGAAGCCUAUAUACUUUAGUUAUAUUUACUUAAUAUUAAAUCGAGCCAUAUUCCUCACUGUUUUGUAUCCUCUAGGGACUGUAUUUGUAGACAUUCUGUGUUACACAGAGUGAUUUACCGUUCCUGUUUUAAUAAAUGCUUUUCUAAGGGAUUUAGGUGGAUAUACAGUUUUAAUGUAAAUUCAAGGUUUAUAAGACACACUGUUCAGUUACAUUAAUUUUCACUAGCCAAGUUAGCUGUAUCUCUUGGUUUUAGAGGAUAAAUCUAAAUAGUACUUCAGUGUACAUUUUCCAUUUCACUUAGUGUUCUCUCCCUUCAACCUGGAACUCAAGCUUAAAGAUCAUACCUCUGGGGGUUUACUCCUCCCAUCAAUAAAAUCUUGAAAGAACUCACUUUCCUUAUUUUUAUGACACAGACCAUAAAAGUGGUUUGGGAGAAAAUUUUUUAGAUCUUUAUUUGGCAGAUUUUAAGCAUCUAAGUGUUGAGAGAGGAGUAUCUUAGAUUAGUGUUCUGAUAAAGAGUGCUGGAGUCAGGUUGCCAGGCUACGUUCAAUUUGCCAUUGGGCAUUAGCUGCAAGGCUCUGAACAAGUCACGUGUGCAUCCAUUUGUACAUCAGUUUCCUCUUCAAUGAAAUUAGAAAAAUUGUAUCUUCCACAUGGUGUUACAGAAUAAAACUAGAAAAUACACAGAAAGUAUUAAAUAGUAGCAAAAUAAAUGAUGUGAAUAAUGUUGCGUCUUCAACAUAACUAGACAGAAGUGUUUGAUUUAAUUCAUCAAAUAUUCUACAAUGUAAAAAUAUAUUUUCAUAGGUUAUUUAUAGGAAUACAUGGAACAUAAGGGCCUCUUAGUAAAGUUUGUCUGUGAGGACUCUUCCUUGUAACAUCUUACCUCUGCCGAUAAGGUUGUUACCCCCUUGGUGUGGGCAGUGGCUUAGGGUCCCAGAGUAGGAGGACAUACCUUCACAAACAUCAUUUAUGAUUUGUUUUCAGGCAGAAAGGAAGAAGUUUAGAUAGUUGACCUUUGUGUGCCUUUUCUCAGUUGCCGUCUACUCAGAUAUCCUGGUACCAUAGUGAUGUAUUGGGGUUGAUACAGUCUGAUUUCCUGCAGCACCGAAGAAAACUAGUCCUAUGUCUUCCUUGCAUAAAGACAUUCACUUCCUCCCUGUUAAACUUAAGUAAAAUUCAGGCUCUGGUAUGAUACAGUUUGUAUGCUUAACCCAACUCUUGUUGCCAUCUAAUUUACACACAAGUUGCUUUCUAGUUCAAGUUUGUCAUCCCAGAAUUUCUCUUAAAAUUCAUUGUGUUUACAUAAUCACAUUCCUUUACCAAACAUAUCCUCCGUCUUUUUUAUUGAGAAAUUUUAACUUUGUAUUUUUCCAUAUCCUACUUGUGACAUUAUUUAUGAAGCUUUUCUUAUCUUUUUUCAAGUUUAAGAUGACCCUUUUCUUGCUUCUGUAGUUGCCCCUUUGAACUUACUUCUGUGAGAAUGUAAUACUACUCUGUUCCCCUGCGGGUCUGUAAUCUCAAGAUCAAACUGCCGUACUCUUUAAAAUUCAGUACCCAAUGUCGUAUCUACUAUGUAAUUGUCUACCCUCAUGAUGGUGACUAUAUGGAUGUUGAUGAAUAAAUAAAAUGUAUUUAUGAAACAUC